GUGCACUCCUUGUUUUCAAGCUUUCCAUCUUGUUUUUAUCCUGAGGUAGUUCUGGUAGAGCUUGGACUAGAGUUUUGGGUCAUUAUCUUGCUGUAGGAGUAAGCCAAGCCUGAACAACUAUACCAGAGCCCAGCCAGCAUGUCCAUGUGGCGCCUACAAUAUGGGCUAUGUGGGCACUGGGUGGGCAUGGGGUUGAACUGGGUCAAUUUUGCAGGUCCCAUGUGGUUUGAGGUACAUGUGCCCCACAUUUGAAACCCAUGUGGGCUGGCUGUACGAGCCCCAUAAGAGAUGUAAGUGGGCUAAGUGGGCUUAGGCAUAAAAAGGGCAAAUUUUUUUUUGGGCCCCAUUUAAGGUCAAGUCUGAUCCCCCUUCGUGCCCAUGUGGGCAAAGAUAUGAGGCCUAAAUGGGUCUUGUGCAACUCAGCAAGUUGGGCCGCACCUGAAACCCGGUCAGAACCUACCUGAGGCCAACGCAUAUGGGCAAACGAGGGACUGUAUAGUCCCUUGGGAUAUGAAUCUUUUAAUGGAGUACAACUCAAUAGAUUAAGAAGUUUAACUUUUUUAAAAAAUAAAUAAAUAAAAUAAAAUACAUGGAUUUUAUUUUACUGUGAAAGACAUAUCUGGUUUUGUAAUGUUUUUGUAUGCAUGUCGAACAACAUCAAUUAGCAAAUGUUCGCUAAGACUGAGUAACACUACUAAGGAGUUUAUCAAGCAUUUAAAGAGUUCCAUUUAAUGGUGCAUGCUAUGUUUACUCUCAGUUUGUUUAAUACAUAAGUGCUUCUCAUUGCCUGUUGUGCCACAUACAUCAAUUUUCCAUUGGGUUACGAUGAAUCAUCUGAAUGAUAUCUUACAUGAAAACUGCAUUGAAAAUCAUAUAUAUUAUGAAUGUGUAGUGGUUUCAGGCUUUUGAUAACAAGUAUUUACAGAAAUGUCAACAAAUGACUGUUUCAUAGAAAUAACUAAAUGUUUUUUGAUGACUUUGAGGAUGAAGGUUUCAUGUGUCGGCGGUGGCUAAGUAGUAUGAAAAUACUACUUAUUUGUAAAUGACUGGCAUUUACAAACCAACUAACUUCAUUAAAUAUCUAGAACAUUGCUUUGAGCCUAGUGCGUCCUUGAAAAUUUGCGGACAACACCUAACCCCCAAUAUGCUCCCCGGGCGAACCCAACAGUAGUUCAGUAGUUGUGAAAUAUGUAUGAAUGUAUGAAAUGUGUAUGAAUGUAUGAAACGUGUUGCCCAAAUAUGUUGUCACAGCCAACCUGAUGCUCCGGCUGGAACGUGUGGGCAAAGAUAUGAGGCCUAAAUGGGUCUUGUGCAACUUGUGCCGUUAUCACGGCACUUCCAGCUUCCAGAUAACAGUGAUCCAAAUCACCCGACAGGCAGAGUGCACUGCAGACCUGCACUGCUGUCUGACGUCUGGAGCUGUGCAGAGCUGUGCACAGUGCCGUUAUUACAGUACACGUCCGAGAGGUAUUUAGAGAGGAGGGAGGACAAGUUGUCACCAGGGGAGGCAAUCAAAGUGGAGAUCCGAGGAGGCAAGAUGGGGAACAGAGGCCUGCUCUUCCUACCAGCUCUCCUCCUGCUCUCUGGUGUCCUCUGUGGUGCCUCAGCGGUGGAUCCCAUUCCCACCUAUGAGCACCAAGACCGAUCCACCGGGAAAAUCCUCCAGUGCAACAAGUGUCCACCAGGCAAUUACAUGGGCGCUCACUGCACUGCCACCAGCCCCACCCGGUGCUAUCCAUGCAUACCAGACUACUACACCGAGCUGUGGAACUACAUGCCCAUGUGUCUGUACUGCAGCAACCUAUGCUCUGAGAACCAGGAGGUAGAGAAGGAGUGCUCCUCAACCAGCAACACAGUGUGUCGGUGCAAAGAGGGCUUCUACGCCUCUGACGACUUCUGUUUCCCUCACUCAGAGUGUGGCCCCGGGCAGGGAGUCCUAACCAAAGGUACACUGCAAAAAGACACUGUUUGUGAGCACUGCCCUGAUGGCUAUUUUUCCAACUCAUCUUCUACGUCGGAUUUGUGUGUAAAACACCAGGAAUGCCCAAGCACACAGCUUGUGCUCCUCCACGGCUCAGCGUACCACGACACAGUGUGUGGCUCCUGUGAAGAUCUUGCAAACGGAGGUGACACGCUGAGGACAUUUCUCUCCACAUUCUUCAGUUCACACAGGAUGCGUGUAAGAAGAAUGAAAAGAUUUAUCCACAAGUACAUCCAGAAGUCGGGAGAAGACAGGUGCGCCACUCUCCCUAAAAAGAGAGGUCCUCUCCUGGAUAUAAUCAGAGAGUGGCUGGUCCAGGCUCCAGAGGAGGAGCUGAGAAAACUGCCAGCGAAGCUCAAGGCUUGUGACCUCAGAGUCAUGGCAGAGAAACUGGAGAAGAGACUCACUGAGAUUAAGCAUGGGAGCCUAAACUGUACCUUAAGCAUCUGAUGCACUCCAAUACAAUGAGUCCAUGAUACAUGUACAACUAUAUCUCAUAAACGUAAUAUAUGACAGAGAAGCUUAAAAACUAUGUGAAUUAAAUGAAUAACGUUCGUUGAAGCACAGAUACAUGAUAAUAUUACAGACAGUAAGGCAACCACUGUCGCUAAAGUGUCCAUUUGAUAUAUUAAAAUAAAGUCCCGGUAUUGUCAA